UAUAAAUGGAUGUUUUACACAAAGAUUCCUGUUGGAGUUCUACUAAUGAAUUUUGAUGUAGUCAACUCAAAUACUCACCAUGAUGAUAUUCAGCAUUUUUAUUUAGUAUGCAUACUUUUAUAUUACUGUCACAUUUACAGGCUCCUUGAGUCAUUUCUUAGAGUGUUGAUGAAAAAGGAGUGUUGAUGAUGUCUCCCUUAAUGUCUCUUUAGGCCGGCAGGAUGGAAUGCAACGGUUUGUGUAUUACGCAAACAAAAGAAGCUGGGUGGAAAGUCAAGAGCAGUGCAGGAUAAAGCACACCGACCUGGCAUAUGUGGCCAACGAGCUGGAUCACUCAGAGAUAACUAAUGUAGUGUCGGGCCAAUUGGCGUGGAUCGGUCUGUUCAGGGACGCCUGGCGGUGGUCGGAGGGAAGAGACACCUCCUUCAGGUACUGGCUCAGCGGAUCACACGACUGGGCAGACUGCGCUUCUGUUGCAGCGUCUCAGCAGGGACGCUGGGUCGGAUCUCAGUGUGACAACAAGGCCACGUUUGUCUGUCAGGGAGGUCUCAAAGUAAAGAAGAUGGUAAUAAGGAUUACAGUUCGCUCCAAUGUGGACCUCACUGUCCCCACUGUCAGUGAAGCACUUCUUGCAAAGGUAAAAAAAAGUGUAACUGGUCAAGUUAUAAAAACAAAAGAAAUAAAUAGAGAUAAUUCCCAUUUUCUGCUCUGCAACUUCGAUGAUUAUCAGACAUAAACAUAUUACACAGAUAAGCAGGUAAAGCUGUUUCUGUUCACCUUCAGUUUGAAUCAGACCUGA